UUCGUUGCCCAGCUGCUGGGAUUCCUGAUCAGUGUGGUCAGCUCCAUCUUCUGUGGCCACCUGGGGAAAGCUGAGCUGGAUGCUGUGACACUGGCUGUGUCCGUGAUCAACGUGACAGGCAUCUCCAUCGGUUCUGGUUUAGCCUCAGCAUGUGACACGUUGAUGACCCAGACGUAUGGCAGCAAGAAUGUGAAGCAGGUGGGCACCAUCCUGCAGAGAGGCAUCCUCAUCCUGCUGCUGUGCUGCUUCCCUUGCUGGGCACUCUUCGUCAACACUGAGCAGAUCCUCCUGCUCAUCCGACAGGACCCCGAGGUCUCCAGGUUAACUCAGGUCUACGUGAUGAUCUUUAUUCCAGCACUUCCUGCUGCAUUUCUGUACCAGCUGCUGACAAGAUAUUUACUAAGUCAGGCGAUCAUUAUGCCUCAAGUGUUGACUGGGAUUGCAGCCAACAUCCUCAACGUGGCCAUGAACGCCUUCUUCCUUUAUGCACUGAAGCUGGGCAUGGUGGGCUCUGCCUGGGCUAACACUGUUUCUCAGUACACUGAGACCAUUCUCCUCAUCCUUUAUGUGUGGUGGAAGAAGAUCCAUGUGAAGACCUGGGGAGGUUGGAGCAGGGACUGUCUCCUGGACUGGGGCUCUUUCACCUGGCUGGCAGUGCCUAGCAUGGUCAUGAUGUGUAUUGAGUGGUGGACCUUUGAGAUUGGGAGCUUCUUGGCUGGGCUGCUCAGUGUGGUGGAGCUUGGUGCACAAUCUGUCAUCUAUGAGCUCGCUUGUGCUGCAUACAUGGUGCCUCUGGGCAUCAGCGUGGCUGCGAGUGUCAGAGUGGGGAAUGCCUUGGGAUCGGGGGAUGUGGUGCAAGCCAAGACCUCCUGCAUCACUGCACUGCUGUGCACAGGAGUUUUUGCUGUGGUGGUUGCAACGUUACUGGCAAGCCUAAAGGAUGUGGUGGGAUACAUCUUCACCAAUGACAAGGAGAUCGUUCACUUGGUGUCCAAAGUGAUGCUCAUCUUUGGUCCGUUCCACUUGCUUGAUGCAACAGCAGCCACCUGUGGGGGUGUGCUGCGGGGCACGGGGAAGCAGAAGUUGGGUGCCAUCGCCAACGCCAUCGGAUACUACACCAUCGGCCUGCCCAUUGGCAUCUCCCUGAUGUUUGCAGCCAAGAUGGGGGUCUUAGGUCUGUGGGUUGGGAUGAUCAUUUGCAUCUCUGUGCAAGCUCUUUCCUUCUUGGCUUUUGUCAUCCGCAUGGAUUGGAAGAAAGCUGCAGAAGAGGCUCAAGUCCGAGCUGGAAUGAAAGAACAACCAGAAGACAUGAACUCCAGUGGCACAGCUGAUAACAAAACAUCUGCUGUAGAUUACACCUCCGUCGACACAGACACCGUGGACACUGUAGCCCUGCCUGAAAAUAUCGUGGUGGGUGAGAGGCAACCAGACCACCAGCUCAUCACAGAAGAAGAGUGUCCUGUUGUCCCUUCUCCCACUGUGGCGUGGAGGGCACUGAUCAUGAUUUUGGCAGAUGAGCUUCCCUGCAGCACUCACCUCUCUGCCACACAGAUUACACCUCCGUCGACACAGACACCGUGGACACUGUAG